UAUCUUCCCCGUCGCGUCUCUCGGCAUUGUUAUUUGGGUGGCGUUGUGAGGCGGUUGUAUCCGGGAAAGCGGAACUAGCUUAGCUAACUUGACUAGCUAGCUAGCUGUCGGCUAGUUAGGCGACUUGCUUUGGACCCUGCCGGUUAAUGUCAACUUUUCCCACAAUGCCGCAGAAUAUCGAACUCGGUGCCACGGGAGGAACGUCCAAACAGGACAGCAGCAACAUGGACAACAUGACGGUGGAGCAGAUGGCCGCCAGGGCCAACCAAGUGACCGACGAGUCGCUGGAAAGCACACGCAGGAUGCUGCAAAUGGCGGAGGAGAGCAAAGACACGGGCGUGAAGACCAUGGUGAUGCUGGACCAGCAAGGAGAGCAGCUGAAGCGCGUGGAGGACGGCAUGGACCAGAUCAACCAGGACAUGAGACUCGCCGAGAAGAACCUCUCGGACCUCUCCAAGUGUUGCGGACUCUGCAUCUGCCCGUGUAACAGGGUGACGUCUAUCGAGAACGACUCCCGAUACAAGCGCACGUGGGGCAUCGGAGGAGGCGACGCGGAAAGCAACGCCGACUCUGGUUCCAAGGUGGUGUCGAGGCAGCCAUCGGCGGUGCGGAACGGCCAGGCGGGUCAGGUCAACGCCCCGCCGCCGUCGUCGUCGUCCGGCCCGUACAUCAAGAGGAUAACCGACGACGCCCGCGAGGACGAGAUGGAGGACAACCUGAACGCCGUCAGCGGCAUCAUCGGAAACCUGAAGACCAUGGCGGUGGACAUGGGCACCGAGAUCGACAAGCAAAACAAACAGAUCGACCGCAUCACCGACAAGGCGGACAUGAACAAACUGCGUAUCGACGAGGCCAACACCCGAGCCACCAAGCUCAUCAACUAGCGAGCCGCUAACACGCACACACACACACACGCAAGAACACGCAGGACAAGUCAAAAAGGUAACGACACGCCUUCUCACUGAGUCACAUGACCAAAGGGUCUCCAAAUUGGGGCGCCGUUCAGCGUCUGUACGUCGAAAGGUCAAAGUGUCACACUGCCGUUUGCUGCUCCUCCAUACCAAAAAAUUGUCUACUUGUAGCACAUGCAGUACUAGUACCCCCCCUUCCUUGUAGUACACGCAGUACUAGUACCCCCCUCCCAUUGACCAGUGUGUAAUUAUUCAUGUGUAUAAUAUUUAAUUCUCAAGCAGAGCUGUGAAGAAACUUCCCUUUUCUAAAUAUUUAAUUAACCCCCCCCCCCCUCGGCGUACCCCAAUGCAGGAAACAUGGAUUGUAAAUAUAAUUAGCAUAAUUAGCAGUUAGCAUUCUCGUGUAUAUAAGUUCACAUGAAAUCAGCUACGCAAGUUUUUUUUGUUUUUUUUUUUAAAUUCUUUGUGUUUUGUUGAAAGGUUUGUAGCCAAUAAAGUUAUGACAGGUUGA